AUGGCGGUCCUUGUAGAGACCACCUUAGGGGACAUUGUGAUUGAUCUGUAUGUAAAGGAACGUCCGAAAUGUUCACUCAACUUUCUGAAACUGUGUAAAAUGAAGUAUUACAAUCUCUGCCAGUUUCACACGAUUGAGCAAAACUAUGUUGCACAGACUGGUGAUCCAACGGGAACUGGGCGUGGAGGCGAAUCCAUAUUUCAAACUCUGUACGGUGAACAAGCUCGCUACUUCGAAAAGGAAGACCUGCCGAAAAUGAAGCACACGCGAUUAGGUGUCGUUUCAUUUGUCAACAAUGGUAACAAUAUGCUCGGUAGCCAGUUUUUCAUCACUUUGGGAGAGGCGUUGGACUACCUAGAUGAUAAACAUACUAUAUUCGGACAAGUAACAGAAGGUAUAGAAACACUGGAAAAAUUAAACGAGCAGCUAUGUGAUGAAGACCACAGGCCAUACAAAGAUGUCAGAAUCGCGCAUACAAUUGUUCUUGACGAUCCCUUUGAGGACCCUAAGAGGAUAAGAUACCCAUCGAGAUCACCCUCACCAACUUUCGAGAUGCUCGUCAAGACAAACCAAAUUGCUUUGGACGAAGAUGUUGAUGACACUCAAGGAAAGACUGCCGAGGAACUAGCGGAAGAGAUUAAGAAACGCGAGAUGGCUGAGCAAGCCCAGAUCCUGGAAAUG